ACCUCAAAUUUUACUAUAAAAUCAUAAACUACGUAAAUUUAAUUCAACUAGCUUCAUAUUUCUCUUCCUCAUAUUUUCUCCUUCUCUUUCUUGCUUUCCAAGUUUCCAUAGAAGACAAAGUUAGAUAAGAAUUCUGAUUGGAAAUAAGGUGUCCUCCAACUUGGACUGCAAGUUGGGGGUGAGAUGGUUCCUAAUAAAUGGCUUCCCGUCAGACCGAGAAUGUCGAAUUCGACAUAUUAUGACCUAGCUGUGGCUGAUGCUAGAUUUCCUUUUGCCGGACAGAAUCAAUUCUUUUGUCCCGUAACUGAACAAGCUGCGAACCAUGGUUAUCUUCCUCCGCCUUAUUUACAAGAACCGCUGGCAGAUGCUACUAAUCGGUUGAAUCGAGCUAUCCAACGGAAGGUUUUACUUGCUUAUAUCCAGUACAAGAAUUCAGCGGCAUUGUCGGGGAAUGAUGCUCCGGCUUAUUUUGCCAACUAUAUGCAUUCGACUGUCUGCUGUCAAUAUGUCUGUAGAUGCACCAAAUUCUUCUCACUUGCAUCCCAUUAUGAUGGUUGUCAUGAUGCUGGAUGUGACAUUUGCAACACUGUUUGGUAUAAUGCUGUCGUUGAUACAUUUCGUCCUGACUUUGAGCAUGUAGAAGGAGGUCUUCUAAGAGUUACUGGUAGUGGAGACUCUGGCCAGCCCACAUAUGGUAGUUCAGAAGCCAUGCAACCUAUGCUGAAACGUUUGAAACUGGAAAAGCCUACCGCUCCCAGCUUUCCUUGUCAUGGUAUGUUUUAUACAAUGGCUCCAUCGAAUGUUCAACCAAGUUAUGCUGAGCUGCCAACCUCGGAGCAGUUUUCAGAAUCUCCUGUAUCUUAUAAUUCUGAGGUUACGGAGGUGGGCGUUGAAUUGCUACCAAAGCUUUUAGAUGGUUCUACAAUUGCCAACAGGAUGGGUAUGAAUAUGGAGGUGAACACUGAAUUGCCUACAAGUGCUAAAGAGAUGGAUAAGACUUUGGAGAUGAACAUUGAAUUGUUACCAAAGCCUAUAGAAGAUUCUACAAGUCCUAAAGAGAUGGGUCAUAAUAUGGAGGAGUGGAGCAUCGAAUUGAUAUCAAAGCUUAUGGAAGAUUCUCCAAGUGCUAAAGAGAUCAGUAUGGAGGAGGAGAACAUCAAACUCAUACCAAAGCUUAUAGAAGAUUCUACAAGUGCUAAAGAGAUAGAUAUGAAUAUGAAGGAGGAGAACGUUCAAUUGAUGUCAAAGCUUAUAGAAGAUUCUUCAAAUGCUAAAGAGAUGGGUAAAGAUGUGGCAGAAAGUUUUCCCGGUCCUCCAGAGGUGGCUAUCGCUGGUUAUAAAGUGGUGGAAACUGAUCCUGUUGGCAGUCAUAGAGAAGAGGAUAUUGGCUUCAUAAAUGUUACUGACAAUGCAGAUAAUUCAAGAGACCACUUUAACAAUUUGGAAAUCAAUGCUUUCCCCAGCUUCUCUGAAGAACUUGCAGCUGGUUGUGAAGAGGGAGAAACAGAAGCCAGGGCUAAUUCCACCCAGGCAGAGCUAGCAACAAAAACUGAGCUCAUUGCCCAAGAAUCAAAUGAUGGAAAGGAAAUAAAGUUGGAGAGUCUAAAACAAGGAGGUGUGUCCUUAAUAGAAAAUUUCACUGCACAGCAAAUAAAGGAGCAUAUAUCAAGUCUUAGAGAGUGUAUUGAUCAGGAUCUUGGAAAGAAAGAAGGGGCAAACAGAAGAGUCAAUGUCGACAGUAAGAAUUCAUGCCAGUUGUGUGGAGCAGAUAAGCUUUCACUUGCUCCUGCACCAAUAUACUGUUCAUCAUGUUGUGCUCGUAUCAGACACAGUGCAAAGUAUUACAGCAUUCCUGAAGUAGAUGGUAUCAGAUAUUGUCUUUGUUCCUCAUGCUACAAGUUAUCUCGGUCUGAGAGUAUUACAAGUUCUGGGAUAUUGGUUUCCAAGGCAAAGCUGAUUAAAAAGAUCAAUGACGAGGAAGCAGAAGAAUGGUGGGUUCAGUGUGAUAAAUGUAAAUCUUGGCAACACCAGAUAUGUGCUCUCUUUAAUGAGAAAAAAAAUAAGGAGAAAAAAGAUUGUUUCCUUUGCCCAAAAUGCUGCUUAGAAGAAAUUGAAAAUGGAGAACAUAAGCCCCCGUUGGUGAAGACUGUUUUCGGUGCAAAAGAUCUGCCGCCAACCAUGCUUAGUGACCACUUAGAGCAAAGACUGUUUAGGUGUCUUCAGAAAAACAGAGAAGAGAAAGCAAAGGCUACAGGAAUGAGCAUUGAUGAGGUUCCUGAAGUAGAAGGUCUUGUUGUCAGAGAGGUGUUAUCUGCUCAGAAACUUGUAAAAGUGAAUGAGAAGCUUUUAGAUAUACUUAAGGAUGGGAAUUACCCUACUGAAUUUCCAUACAAGUCAAAGGUUAUUCUUCUGUUUCAGAAGAUUGAUGGGGCAGAUGUAUGCCUUUUUAUCAUGUACACCCAAGAGUUUGGUGCAGAAUGCAGUCAACCAAAUCAACGCUGCGUUUAUAUCUCAUAUCUUGAUUCUGUUAAGUAUUUUAGGCCCGAAACAGAAACUGCUGCUGCUAGUGGAGAACCUCUUCGAACUGUUGUUUAUCAUGAAAUAAUGAUAGGAUACCUUGAUUACUGCAAGAAACGGGGUUUUGCAACAUGCUACAUAUGGGCCUGUCCACCUAAGAAAGGAGAAGAUUAUAUCUUCUAUUUCCACCCAGAGAUUCAGAAAAUACCGAAGUCUGAUAAGCUGAGGCAGUGGCAUAAGACCAUGCUACUGAAAGCUGCUAAAAUGGGCAUAGUGGUUGGUUUGACUAACUUAUAUGAUCAAUUUUUCUCCACCGGGCGAUACAACUCCAAGGUGACAGCAGCUAAUUUGCCAUAUUUUGAUGGCGACUAUUGGUCUGGUGCUGCUGAGGAUGUGAUAAAGCAUAUCGAGAAAGCAAGUGGACAAGACUCAAAAAAGAACAAGAAAAUUGUGUCAAAAAGAACAUUGAAAGCCAUGGGACACACAAAUCCUUCUGGUCAUGCCACUAAGGAUAUUCUGCUGAUGCAGAAGCUGGGCCAAAAUAUUUUACCUAUGAAGGAGGACUUCAUCAUUGCCCAUCUGCAGUUUGUCUGCGUAUGCUGCCAUAGAGCCAUAUUAGAUGGAUGGCGAUGGUUUUGCCGUAUGUGUAAAAGCUUUCAGCUUUGUGGAAGGUGCCAUGAUGCAGAGCAAUAUAUCUACAAGUAUUCCACUCACACUUCAUGCAAUGGGGAAAAACAUUCACUCUCUAGGAUCAUGGUGGAUGUUCCUUAUGAUACCAAUGAUAAUGAUGCCAGCAUGGAUAGUGGUUUAUUUGAAAAUAGGUAUAGAUUUUUGUUGUUCUGUCAGAAGAACAACUAUCAGUUCGACACGCUUCGUCGGGCCAAGCAUUCCUCGAUGAUGAUCCUAUAUUACCUUCACAAUCCAACAUCAUUGCUUGCUGAAACUACCUGCUGUAUUUGUGACAAAGACACACCACUAGACCAGUGCUGGCAAUGCAAGACCUGUUCGGAUUUUUUUGUUUGUGCUGCAUGCUAUCACAGACAUGGUUGUUCCUUACAUGUUCAUAAGUUGUCUCUGCAUCCUUCUGCUGUCGAUUCCUCAGCCGAGAAUAGAGAGACUCUUAAGAAGGGAUUAUCGAAACUGCUGGAAGUUUUGUUGCAUGCCUCUGGAUGUGAUCACUGCUCCCACCCCGAUUGCCAUCUUAUGAAAAAGCUAUUCUUCCAUUCAAAAGUGUGCACUGUUAGAGCUGCUGGAGGUUGUAAACACUGUAAGAAGAUAUGGUUCAUACUGAGAAAGCACUCCAGAAGUUGCAAAGUAUCCGACUGCAACGUACCACGGUGCAGGGAUCUAAAGCAGCUUGCACAAUCUUCGGCACUGAAGCCUGCAGCAUUUUGA